CUUGCAUGGCAGUCAACUGCAAUCAGAAGGGUAACUAGUUAGUUAAUUAUUUUACUUUUCUGGAAAUACUUUUUUUCCUUUUACUGUUUUGUGUUCACUUGCUGCCGGAAAAAAAAGAGAAAAAUUUGCUAUUUUUUUCGCAGCGAGACAAUUAUUUUGUGCUUCCAGAUCCAAAGUGAUAAAGCAUGUGACCAAGUGGACUUUUUUCCAGAGUGCUUUGCUUCCUGUCUUGCCUAGUCUAGUAGAGGUGUUUUUCCUGCAUCACUGGGCAACUGUGGCAUGAUUUUGUCAUUAAGAGCUUUCACUCUCCCUAAUAACAUUAUACUGCUUCACCAUCUCCUCCUGUUUUGAGUAGGAUCAUGGGAUGUAGUGGUGACUAGUCUUAGUCUUAGAGUCUCUGAGAUGCAGCCAACAAGGAGGUAGAAGUGUUUACCACUAAUAUAUUUUAGUGCCUUUUUUUUUUUUAAUUUUAAUCUUACAUUUCAUUUACAUGCAUGAAAAUUGUUUUUAAGUCAUAGCAGAUUUGGAAUUCCAUCAUGAGGUUUUUGUCCCACUUUUCUACAAUAACUUCUAUUUUCAGCAAGCUGACUUUCAAGAUUUAUUAAUUAAAUAUUUGCCCACCUCUUAGGCAGAAAAAAAUUAGUCUUCACUGCUUUCAUGUUUCUAAUUGAAGAGCUGGGAAGAUUGAUAGAAAAAAGGUUAUGUCUGGACAAGAUACUGCUGCAAUGCUUUCUUCAGUCAAGAACUUUGUCAGGCGCUGAUGCCAUCAAUGCUCUCAGACCUUUCUAUUUUGCUGUACAUCCAGAUUUCUUUGGCCAGCAUCCCAAAGAGAGGGAAGUAAAUGAAAACUCUCUGAAGAGGCUAAAUGGCUACUUGGAGAACCUACAGAAACCAGGAUUUCGUUCCUUUAAGCCAACUCAGCUUACUUUUUAUGUAAGAGAAAGAGAACCAAAUUCUUCUAAUGUUCAGGAUUCCUUCAGUACUUCAGGGUUUCGAGCAGUCAGUUUUACAUUACAUACUAGGGAUCUCCUGAGCACAGUAUUAGAUAUUCUCAACUCCUGCAGUUUAUCUACAGAGCAUGUUCAGAGUCUGAAUGUGAACUCUCAGCCCCACAAGGAAGCAAAAAGCACAGUGAACAGACCUAUCAAAUGGGAUAAAACUUACUAUUCAUUUACUGGAUUCAAGGAUCCUGAGGAGGAACUUGAGCAAGCCCAGAGAGUGGAAACAACUUUACUGUCCUGGCUAGAUUAUAAUGAAGCAAGUGCAGUAAAAAAGCUGAAAAAGAGUUUGCCGCUUAGAAAAGAAUUAGAACGUUUAAAAAUUGAACUUUCUCAUGAACUCCAGCUCUCAGAUAUCAGGUGGCAGAGAAGCUGGGGCAUUGCUCAUCGCUGUAGCCAGCUACACAGUCUGGGUCGCUUGGUCCAACAGCGACCUGAAAUAUUAGAGAAUGUUAAAGGACGCACAGUGGUAUUUACAGACCGCUCGGGUAUGAGUGCAGCAGGUCACAUAAUGCUGGGGACCAUGGAUGUUCACCAUCACUGGACCAAAAUUUUUGAGAGACUGCCAAAUUAUUAUAAGCUUCAAAAAAGGCUGCUGCUAUUGGAAGAUCGGAUAAGCCAACUCCUGGGAGGCAUCCAAGUAAUUUAUAUUGAAGAACUGCAACCUCUGUUGACUCUAGAAGAGUACUUUGAGCUUCUGAACUCUUUCUAUAAUAAACUAUGUGACAGCAGACUACCUUUUCAUCCUCGCAGUCUGCGAGGCUUGCAAAUGAUUCUGGAAAGUGACAGAUACGCACCAAGCUUACAUGAAUUUGGACACUUUAUGAUCCCAACGGUCUGCGACCCAGCAGCUCUUCAGUGGUUUAUUUUUGCCAAAGCACAGGAAGCAAGAGAGAAUUUGAAAAGAAAGGAGGAGAUGAUGAUUACAGAGAAGGAGCUAAUCACUACUUCCACGGAAAGAUUUUCUUUGGAUCGGUUGUAUAAGGAACCCAGUGUUUCCAGUGCACAGAUGAUAGAUUGUUGUAAGAGGCUGCUGGAGGAGUCACUGCCCUACCUACAAGGAAUGCACCUUUGCAUUUCGCAUUUCUACUCUGUGCUGCAGGAUGGAGAUCUGUGUAUACCUUGGAACUGGAAAAACUGAGGGAUGUAUCUGAUAAUCAGAUUAAUUGUUUUAUUUUCUGUAAGAGGUUAUAAAUAUGAAUUUUUUUUAAAGUAAAUUAUUGAAAUCUGUAUUUUGAUAUCAGUAUUCAGUUCACAAAUUUUCUUCCAACUGCUGCUGAGGAAGGAUUGUAGUUCUGGACAAUUUGCACAAUGCACAGUAUUGGUAGUCCUGGGAAAGACAUCUGUACAUUAUCCAUACUACUAUAGGAGUCUCAGUUUAUGGUUACAGUUGUGAAACCGCAUUUUUGUAGUGAAUUUUGAAAAUACAUUAAAUAGCAACUCUGUAAAAAUGUGCAUGUGUAUUUUUAAUAUACAUGAAUAUUGCCAGAUAGAUGAUCUUAAAUAAAGAAUGUACUACUCCAGCCUGACAUUACAUGAUGUCUUAAGGGGUUCAUUGAAUGCAGAAGUGGAGAAGUUACGUGGUGGCAAUGCUGGCAUUUCAUAUUACUGCCUAUCCCUAAAUUAGGAAAAAACAUUGGAAUAUUUCUCCUUUGCAGAAGAAAGCCGUACAUUAACUUGGAGUCUACAGCACAAUUUCACAUGCUGGUCCAACAUUGUUGCCUUAGAAUUCCAAAAUACACCAGUUACACUGUGGUUACUUUAAAGCAGAUGUCAUUUUCUUUUGUUUUCGGGCAUUUGCUCCAUAAAUACCAACAAUCCUCUUUACUUACACUAUAACAGAUUGCAAAUCCCAUACACGACAGUUAAACCCUGAGUAGUUCAAUAUGACAUCUAAGGGAAGAAAACACUGAUUUGUGUGGGAUUGUCUGCAAAAGUACUUCUCAGUAAGAACAAAAGGAGUUUACAGUAUGGCAAAUGUGUGGAUCCUUACUGGUACUUUAUUCCUUGAAAAAAAAUUGAAAUAAAGUGUGAAUGCAUGUCAACACUUCUUCGUUGUAAUAUAUGCCAAGAUGCAUAUUUGGAUUACUGCUUUGCAAAAUAUAUUUUGAGGAAGACCAACUGCUUAACAUUUCUGGAUUUGAAUUUACCAUAACUGGCAAAAAGAAAAAGAAUUGUUGAAUGAUUACUUGCCUUUUUUUUUUUUUUUUUUUUUUUAAUUGAGCAGGGAAAUUGGUGUGGUUCUCUGUUUUCUUCUGUUAGA